GUAGGAUAACAGUUGUCUCAAACAUUUUUGAUAUAAGACUAUUUUAUUGUUAAUUGACAAAAGUUACUUCUAUCCAUUCAUCCAUCCAUCAAUCAAUCAAUCAAUCAAUGGUGAUUAAUCAGUUAUGUAAUCAUAUUAUUCCUUUAUUACUAUUAUGUGGUCAUUUUUUAUACAGUUAAUAAAAAUUCUUCCAUUUAAUGGAUCUAUUUUAUGUUUAAUAUUUAUUCCAUGGAUAAUUGCUCAAUCUUCAAAUUGUUUAUCAGGAUGUAAAUGUUCCAUUAAUACUAAUAGUGAGAAUACUAAUGAUAGUAAUGAAUUGAAUACAGUAGCAGUAAUUUGUUGUCUUAUAAAUCAAACUAGAUUGUCACAAUUCAUCACAAAUGAUUAUCCAUCUGAUAUUAAACAUUGUGGAUUUGAUAUAAUAAAUGAUUAUACUACUACUAAUAAUAAUGAUGGAAUUGUAUGGCCUAAUCAUAUAUUAUGCUUACCAUUAUGGCGUCAAUUAAAAAUUCAACUUACUGAAAAUUCAUGGCCAAAUUUAUUAUUAUUAUCAUCAAAUCAUAUUAAACAACGUAUUCAAUCAAAAUGUAUAUUAGAAUUAGAAAGAUUGGCUAUUGUUGGUCAAUCUAAUGUAUAUGAUGGUUUAAUUCAAUUGGAUUCUAAUGAAUUUCGUCAUCAUUUUUUCACCAUUCCCACUACUACUUCUACCACUAGUACUAUAUCUAAUCAUUAUACUUUAAAAUUACUACGUUUCACUAUUGAACAAACUAGUUUACGUAUAAUAAGUCAAGGAUUUUUUGAUGAAAUUCAUGCUAACAAUUUAAUACAUUUAGAAAUACGUCGUAAUUAUAAUCUUACUGAUUAUGGUUUACAUAUUGGUUGGUUAGCUAAUUUAAAUCAAUUACAAUCCUUAGAUCUUAGUUUAAAUCAAUUCUAUCAAAUUAAUUUAGCUAGUUGGGGUAUACCGAAACACUAUAAAACAUUAUCAAAUUUAGAUUUAAGCGGGAAUCAUUUAAUUCAUUUAAAUGAUUAUACAUUUAUACGUUUAACAAAUUUAAUUUAUUUAAAUUUAGCUAAUAAUUAUUUAAUUUCAUUAUCAUCUAAUGUAUUCUAUGGUUUAUCUUAUUUAAAAGUAUUAAAUUUACAAGGGAAUCAAUUAAGAAUGCAUAGUUUAAUAUUAACUGUACCAAAUUUUAAUACAAUAUUACCUAGUUUAAAACAAUUAAUUUUAUCAAGAAAUCCAUUAGCUAUACCUUUAUCAUUAAAUAAUACUAGUCAGUCGUCGUCGUCGUCGUCAUCGGUGUCAUCUUCGCCGCCGUCGUCGUCGUCUAUAUGGUGGUUUACAAAUUCUUGUCCUAAAUUAUUAACGACUAUUUAUUUAGAAAAUAUUGACUCUAUAUCAUAUCAUAGAAAUCAAUCAACAUUAUUAAAAUUACCUCUAUUUGAUUGGAAUUAUUGUGUUAGUUUAACCGAUAUUUAUUUAAAUCAUAAUGAGAAUUGGUUAAAAUGUAUAGAUCAUAAUUGGUUAAAUAAUAAUCGAUUUCGUAUUCAUCCAUCAACAUUACAAUUAUGUCCGAUACCAAUUGAUAAUAAUAAUAAUAAUAAUUCUCAAUCGAAAUUGAUUACAAAUCAUGAUGUUGUUACUAAGUCUAAUCGAUUAACGGAUACGAUCAACAGUACUACUAGUACUAGUACCAGUGGUGGUGGUGGUAGUAGUGAUCCAUCAUUACUUGGUACAACACAUGUACGAACUACAUCAAUAUCAAUUAAUUCGGUUUAUUGGCCUGUUUCCAAUCAAGAUAGUAUACAUGCUAUGAAUAUACAUAAUCAUAAUCAAAAGAAUAAUAUGAUUAGUAGUAGUAAUAGUAUAAUAAACCCUUCAAUUAAUUCAUGGAUUAUUCUUUGCAUAAUAGUCUUUCUUGUAUGUGUAGUAUUUUUUACAAUUGUAUUUGCUAUUAUCUAUUGUAUACGUUAUUUAAAUAAUCGUCUAAAUAAACAAAUAUCUUACACAUCUGAUAUGAUGACUAAUGAAUUCCAUCAUCAUCAUAAUCAUGGUGAACAAAUACAACAACAAUUUCAAAAAGCUCACCUAACACCAGAUUUUAAUACUUAUAAACCUGCUAUGAAUAUAGAUGGUUCUUCACGAAUACUUUCUCCUUAUUCAUUUAAUUGUAUGGAUUUAAAUAAAGGUAAUCAAUUAUUUCAAUAUGCCGAUUUUCAUCCAAUGUGUAAUUCAUGUUUCAGUUUAAAACGUCAUGCUGUUACUCAACCUGUUAGUCCUGCAGACAGUGGUCUUGAAGAUAGUACACCAUUAACAUUACAACAAACAAGACAUAUUUUCCCAUCACUUGAUCGACGAUCAGUACGUUCAUCACGACGUUCUCGUCAUCAGUAUAAUCAUAAUCAUCGUACAUUUCUUGAUACAAAAUUUACAAGAUGUCCAUCGACAUCUGUAUCAUCAUCAUUAUUAUUAUUGCAACAUUCACCAAAUCAUCAUAUACCAGAAAUAUCAUAUGGUUGGCCAGUACCAAUUAAUUUAUCAUCAAAUCGUGUAAAUGCUGCUACUUCAACGGAUGAUGUUUCUAUUGGACCAGCAUCAACAUCUGUUGAUACCGGAGAGGAUGCACGUAGCAGUACACCUAGCGAUAAAGCGAUAAUUACGAAUUUAUGUCAAGAAUCGAUGCAGCUAAAUACUACUACUACUACUACUACUACUACUACUACUAAUAAUAAUAAUAAUAAUAAUAAUAAUAAUAAUAAUAAUAACGAAUAAUGAACACUGAAUUUAAUCAAAUUCACCUUCAUAUUUAUGCAUGUGUGUGUGUGUGUGUAUGUGCUGACUGUAAAUACUAUUUUUAAGGGAUUCAACUACAAGCCAUGUAUUUAUCCCUUUAUUUCCAAAGGUCAUUAUGUCAAUCAUUUUUUUGGUCGGCUAAAAACCAAAGUUUUUAACGGAUAUAUAUAUAUAUAUGACAGAUAUGUUCCAUAUACUUAUACUACUAAUAUUUAAACAAGAUGAAAAUUACACUGCUGUUAGUACUACUCCUACUCAUACUAGUACUCCUCUUCUUUUGUUUUUUUUCUAGAAUAUAAAGAUGAUUCUUUUUUUUUCUACAAAUAAACAUGAUUUCAUUUGUUA